AUAGGGGAGGGGGGAGCGGCCGCCAUCUUGCCAGUCGGUGCCGGAGGGGGCGCAGCUGGAAGGACCGGCAACGGCAGCCGCCUCAGCGACGGCGCCACUAGAUAUGAUUUAAGCACCAUGGAAAAGAAAGAUUAAGAUUUCAACAUGAUUGGAGGCCUAUUCAUUUAUAAUCAUAAGGGAGAGGUUUUAAUCUCUCGAGUCUACAGGGAUGACAUUGGGCGGAAUGCAGUGGAUGCCUUCCGGGUCAAUGUCAUCCAUGCACGGCAGCAAGUGCGCUCACCUGUUACCAACAUUGCCCGCACCAGUUUCUUCCAUGUCAAGCGUUCCAACAUCUGGCUGGCUGCUGUCACUAAGCAAAAUGUCAAUGCUGCCAUGGUCUUUGAGUUCCUCUACAAGAUGUGUGAUGUGAUGACUGCCUAUUUUGGAAAGAUCAGUGAAGAGAACAUAAAGAACAACUUCGUGCUCAUUUAUGAGCUACUGGAUGAAAUCCUGGACUUUGGUUACCCUCAGAAUUCCGAGACAGGGGCCCUGAAAACCUUCAUAACUCAGCAAGGAAUCAAGAGCCAGACUAAGGAAGAGCAAUCUCAGAUUACUAGCCAGGUAACUGGUCAAAUUGGCUGGAGGCGUGAAGGGAUCAAAUAUCGUCGCAAUGAACUCUUCUUGGAUGUGCUGGAGAGUGUGAAUUUGCUGAUGUCACCACAAGGUCAGGUAUUGAGCGCCCAUGUCUCUGGAAGGGUGGUGAUGAAGAGCUACUUGAGCGGAAUGCCAGAAUGCAAGUUUGGCAUGAAUGACAAGAUUGUAAUUGAGAAACAAGGCAAAGGGACUGCGGAUGAAACAGGGAAGAGUGGGAAGCAGUCGAUUGCUAUUGAUGACUGCACCUUCCACCAGUGUGUGAGGCUCAGCAAGUUUGACUCGGAGCGGAGCAUCAGCUUCAUACCCCCAGACGGCGAGUUUGAACUCAUGAGGUAUCGAACCACUAAGGACAUUAUCCUGCCCUUCCGUGUGAUCCCCCUGGUGCGGGAGGUGGGCCGCACCAAGCUGGAGGUGAAGGUGGUGAUCAAAUCCAACUUUAAGCCAUCCCUCUUGGCUCAGAAGAUAGAGGUGCGAAUCCCAACACCUCUUAACACAAGUGGCGUUCAGGUCAUCUGCAUGAAAGGGAAGGCGAAAUACAAGGCCAGUGAGAAUGCCAUUGUAUGGAAAAUUAAGCGUAUGGCUGGAAUGAAGGAGUCUCAGAUCAGCGCAGAGAUAGAACUGCUUCCCACCAACGACAAGAAGAAAUGGGCUCGGCCACCGAUCUCCAUGAACUUUGAGGUCCCAUUUGCACCAUCUGGGCUGAAGGUGCGCUACCUGAAAGUCUUUGAGCCAAAGCUGAACUACAGUGACCACGAUGUGAUCAAAUGGGUGAGGUACAUUGGCAGGAGUGGAAUCUACGAGACAAGAUGCUAGCCCUCAGCAGCCAGCUGGCUCCCUUUUCCCCAGCCUCCCUUGGUCUCAAAGUACAAUUGAAGAGUAUCUCUCUGGCCCCUCCUCCGUACAGAGGCUGGAAGCUAGACUCCUGCAGCUUCUCUGGAAAAAGAACACUGGUGUCUGCUCUGGCUUCAGUCACUGUUGGAGUUUGCAGCUGGCGUUGGGUGGCUAGAGAGCCCCCCCUGCCACAGCUCACUUCUUGCUUCUGUCCCAGGGUAUAAAAGGGCCAGUCUAACCGCCACCCCCUUGUGGUCAUUCUAGGGAACAUCCACCACCAUGUGAUAAAACCCUCCUCUUCUGUUGGUGUCACUACUUGCAUCAUAUCCUAGUAUUUUUGGAAGUUCUUGUGCAUAUGUACUUGUAGAAUAGGCCUGAAAACCAUAGGCUGGGCAAACCUUGAGUUGAUUCUGGCUCCUGUGCUUGCUAUUGCUGUUGUGAUUGUUGCUGUGCAGCCAGAGUGGGGCUCACACUUCCUCUCCCUCUUUGUUGUGUAGAGUCCUUGAUAUGGAGCCCUGCUCUGGGAAGGUUUGUGACCAAAAAGGCUGAGGGUUGGCGCCUGCUCCUUGUGGGGCUGGGGUGGGUGGGCAUAGCACAACAUUUCAAAGCCUUGGGGCCCUGUUAACGGCUGACAAAGCCAGCACCUUCCCCUUCCCCACCCCCAAUCAGAACUACACCCUCCUCCAAAAAGUAAACCCAGCAGGCACAUGAGGAGAGGUCAACUUGUCUUUAAAAAUCUACAGGUUUUGUCCUCUUAAUUUGGAAUUGGCCAGUUAUGUAAUUCCUUGCCUCCAUUCUCUUCUCUCUCCCUUGCCCCCGGCCCUUUUUCUUUUGCCCAAUCAGUUUAUGCUUUCAUUUCCCAAAAUGCUUUUGGGCCAAUAGAAAUGCUGCUGAAACCCACAGUCCUCUGCUUCUGAUAGUGUGGUCUGCCAUUUUGUACACUUGUGAUUUGUCCAGUUCUAAACCCAAUAAAAAUAUGUAGAACCAGA